UUCGGCUUGUGGCCCCACGUGACCUGGCGGGAGGGGGCGGGGCGCCGCUGCGUGACUCUCUCUUCGGGUCCCCGCCGGCGGCGCAGAGGGGAGGGGGCGGUUCCAUCAUGGCGUCCAUGCAGAAGAGACUACAGAAAGAACUGUUGGCUUUGCAGAAUGACCCACCUCCAGGAAUGACUUUAAAUGAAAAGAGUGUUCAAAAUUCAAUUACGCAGUGGAUUGUAGAUAUGGAAGGUGCUCCAGGUACAUUAUAUGAAGGGGAGAAAUUUCAGCUUCUAUUUAAGUUCAGUAGUCGCUAUCCCUUUGAUUCUCCUCAGGUCAUGUUUACUGGUGACAAUAUUCCUGUUCAUCCUCAUGUUUAUAGCAAUGGCCAUAUCUGUUUAUCCAUUCUAACAGAAGACUGGUCCCCAGCUCUCUCAGUGCAAUCGGUUUGUCUUAGCAUUAUUAGCAUGCUUUCCAGCUGCAAAGAAAAGGUUUUUUUUCUAUUGCAGAGGCGACCUCCAGAUAAUUCAUUUUAUGUAAGAACAUGUAACAAAAAUCCAAAGAAAACAAAAUGGUGGUAUCAUGAUGACACCUGUUGAUGCCACCAUUUUGUGAUCCUCCUAGCAGAAGAUUGUCCUACUGAGAAAAUGAGCACUUUGAUCAUUCAGUCUUUGAACUUUAACCUUUGACUGGAAGUGACCUAUAGACAAUGAAGACUACUUCCUUUGACUGCAUUUUUACUAGUGUGCAUUCUGGGCGCAUGUUGAUCGCUGGUUCAGUCCAUGCAACUGACAUGCUUUAGUCAUACAGUAUUAAUGCAGGUGUCUGGAAAUGUCAGAAAAAUUCCAUUUAUUUUUAUUUUUAAGCUUUUGGCAGAAUUCCAGGUCUUCAUGUAUUGUGCAAUAACAGUUGAACUCGUUGGCGGUUUUAUGGCAUCCACUGCCGGCAAUGGAUGUUAUACCAGGAAGUUUUGAUCCUGCUGCAAAAAAAAUUGAUUGGCUGGCAGGGUUUAUGGAAUGUUUCAGAUAUAUUGGGAUUAUAAGCAAGGGAUCCAACAUUAGUUUGAAACCAUCCCAUUCUUUUAUAUUUGGAUUCUGUGCACUGUGAUCACAAAACUAGCAGCAUAAUUAACAUGCUUAGCUAAAGGACUGUAAUAAGAUCAUUACAUAUUUAUUAAAUUGUUUAUCUGCUGUCAAAUUGUUUUGACAUGGAAGGUUUUCAAGUGACAUUGGGAGAUAGGUACGUUAUCCCUAUGGUGAAAUAAAAAUACCUUUUUUGUAUGGUAGUUACUCUUAUCUCUAAUACAAAGAUAUGAGUAAUAAUUGGGUAUGAGUGGCUUAAUCAAGACUUAUUUUGGAGAUACGAGAAGAUGGCAGUGAUAUAAUUAAAUUUGCUGCAGUCCACAAUUGGGCCUGUAAUUUGUACAUUAGAACUUUUUUCCAUGUAGAUUGCACACUGUUAAUUCCUGCUAGCCAUCAGCAUGAGCCCUACUGCCUACACAAUUUCAUUUAUUUAUGUGUUUGAAAACAAUCCAUAUAACGUUUGUUUGCUAUUUUUGUUGUGUUGUAUGUCAUGUUUGAAUGUUACAAAACAAUAUUUUGAUUGAAAAGCUUUGUCAGAAGAUAUUUUCUUGUAAAUUAUUUCUUACCUUGUAAGCAUCAUCUUGUCUUUUAAUCCUGUACUAUAAAGAAAGAAAUACAUUUUUGACAGAGGCUUAAUGUUUUGACACAAAAGUGUGGACCUUUUUAUUUAAGUUUAGACAAAAGUAUAUUUUCUUAACUU